AUGUCUACCAAAAUUGGCAAAACAUUCACACCCUGUCGAAAGCUCCCACUCGAGCUCCGCCUUAUGAUUUGGAAAUUGGCAAAGCCAGCUGGUCGAAUCAUCGAACUUAAUCUACUCGAAAGAUCUGCCAUUAGAGAAGAAUGGAACUUAGAUCAAUCUCCGCAAGCUCCUGGUCAGUCUGACCAGGCAGAGAACGGCGACGAAAGCCGAUCAAACGCUUCAAUUCCAGCACUCCUGCUCGCGUGCCGUGAGUCGCAUGAAGUCGCAUCGAUGUGGUAUCCACGAGUAUUUCAAUGCUAUGCUGACAACCCGGAAACAUUGAAAUUCCCUCCCGCCAUUCAAGAACCAGGUUCAGUCUCACUCCCACAGACGUACUUCAAUUUUGAGGAGGAUACACUCUUCAUUCACGCCCAACACACGCCUCUAAAGUCUCGCGCGAGUCCCAGGACAUACUAUACUCGGGGUCUCCCGGCUGGUAUACGAUCCAGAUUCUUAAGAGUUGAGAACCUUGCUAUUCAAUUGACUUCCGAUCAAUGGAAUUUUAACUGGGACGCUCAUGCUGAUUGGCUGGCUAGAUGCCUGGAGCGUGGAUUUCGCGACCUUAAGACGCUUACCAUUGUGGUUGACCAUCAUGUUCUAUCCCCUCGCUGGAGAGCAACGCAGGGCGUGAAAGAUGUCGAAAGAAGAUAG